GUAGGUAAUGCGCACAGCAAAUUAUAGAAUUACUAAAAUGCCCUUUGGUGUGCAAUCCAAAGUUUGUUACCGGCCCUAAUUGUCCCCAAACCCAGUAAACCCUAAACCCUCAACCUCCAUUCUCCCUUCGCUUCCUUCUGUCUCUCUGAUCCCGCGCCAUCGCGUUUCUGGGUUCACAGCUUCAGUCUCUUUCCUUCCUCCCGUCGUCGACUCCCGUCGCCAACUCCCGUCGCGCGGUCUUGUCCCUUGCUUCGGCUGCGUCGUUCUUCCGUCGUUUCCUCAGUUCGGGUGUGACAAUAAGUGUGACUACAAAUUAAACAAGUUCUUGCAAGAUGUCAGAUGGGCCUGGACUUGAGUCUCUUGUUGAUCAAACAAUUUCAGUCAUCACAAAUGACGGGCGGAAUAUAGUAGGAAUCCUGAAGGGUUUUGACCAGGCUACAAACAUUAUUCUGGAUGAGUCUCACGAACGAGUUUAUUCUACCAAGGAAUUAACAGUUCUUUGUUGUGAAACAUUGACUGUAAAGCACAGUGAAUCAAACAUCAAGUUUCAUACUAUUUGGGUACAAGUUACAUGCUUCUCUUUAAAAUUCGAGCUAUAAUUUAUUUGUUGGAAUAAAUUACCAUGUCUUAACAUCAAAGAUUUAAGCGUUACAAUUCUAACCUGAAAGAGAUAAAACUACCCAAUGAACAUCCCAUUUUGGGUACUUUUGUUGACUUAAUCUUUGAUGGGUAUGGAGUUAGUUUAUAUUUUUCAUUGUUGGAAUUAUCAGUGCUCAAUUAUUUCAAGGUAUAAAAUGGUAGUUUAUUCUUUAUUGUUGUGUGAUUAGAAUAAAAUCCUUCAAGACUCGAUCAGAUUGUAUUUUAGCCAUUUAGUUCCUUUCUAGAUGCAACUUACUAUAAAACGGUGAAUAUUUUGCUCUGUAUGUAGUUCAUUGAUGAC